AUGGCGAUGAACAACGAAAAAAUGUCCCGUUUCAAACCAGAGUCCUUGUACGAGCAGAAGCCAUCGUCUGCGAUUCACUCGCUCGAGGCCUUUGUCGGCAAGAUCGACUUUGACCAGGUUUCCCAUCACCUCUGGCAAGGUUCCAUGAUGGCUUCGCCCUCGUCUACUGCCGCCUAUUUAAUUCACGCAUCACACUGGGACGAAGAAGCCGAAGUGUACCUACGCCACGUUAUCAAGGCCGGUGCUGGGCAUGGCAGCGGCGGAAUCCCCGGAACAUUUCCGAUAACGCACUUUGAGUACAGUUGGGUUCUGGCGACACUACUUCGGAGCGGCUUUUCCAAGUUGGAUCUAGAAUGUGCGGAACUACAAUGCAUGGCAAAUACCCUCCGCAAGGCCUUUGAAGAAGAAGAUGGCAUCAUUGGGUUUGCAAUAGCCCCGUGCGCCCCGGACGUGGAUGAUACAGCCAAAGGCCUUUUGGCUCUAAGCCUGCUGGAUCACCAAGUUAGCCCGGAUCGGAUGAUUGAGGUCUACGAAGGGCAGCAUCAUUUUAUUACAUUCGGCUCAGAACGGGAUCCGAGUCUCACUUCCAACUGUCACGUUCUCGUCGCCCUUCUCCACCAGCCAGAUGUUUCUUGUUUCCAUUCGCAAAUCUUAAAGACGACCAAAUACAUCUGUGGACACUGGUGGUCCAGUGAUUGCCAUGUGAAGGACAAAUGGCACCUGAGCCACCUGUAUCCGACCAUGCUCUUAGCAGAAGCCUUUACACUGUUCCUUGAACUCCUAGACGGUGGUGCCCUUUCUGAUAUUAAGAGGACGGCUCUUGGGGCGGGCUCCCAGAGCAAACCUGUUAUGCCAUCCUGA